AUGGUUGCGGCUGAUGGUUCUUUCGAAAUCCCAGAUAUCAGGCGCUGGGACCAGUCUUUAUACAAAUCGAUCUGCGUUCUACAUCUCCGCCAUCUUCCAUUAUCAACGCGUUCAUCUCUACGUGAUGUGGACAGUCGAUGGAGACUUCGCUCUCGUCCGAUCCCCCUACAUGGCGGAGCCCUCGUCACCUCCCGUCCCGCCCUGCUAUUUUCGACUCUUCCAUCGAGCGUCUGCGGUCCAUCGUCUGAACAUCCGUCCAACCAGGACCGCGCAAAAGGUCAUACGCUACCCGUUGCCGUCGUGGCGCGCAGGGAUUCCGUACUUCUGAGCCUCACAUACACGACUUCGUUCCCCGCUGAGGGCGCAUUCUCAACUUUUCGAGUCAAUGCGUCUCCACGCCAGUGCCUGUCCUUAAGCGUCCCUGACAAGGUGGUUCUAGAGCGGAACCCGGGGUCGAUCCGGAGUAGGGACUGGUCCCGGGAGCGACCUUCGGGCCUCCCACAUUCCGUUUCGUCGUUGGGGAUCCCGACGUUGGCGGGAAGACUGCCUGAGUUUGGUUCCUUGACAUUUUGGGCCUUCUCAGGUAAAAGUUCCCAGGGGCACCGGAUGACGAGGCCACUCUCCACUUGGCGGGUGGCGCCGCUGCGCCGGAGAGACCAUGUCAAGCUUGUUUAUUUCCCUGGGCCACAUCGGUCUGUGGGAGAGCUUUGGAAAGGGGCGGAGAACGCUCUCGCGGGCCCCGAAUUUUCAUCCCUUUUCGUCUUCUAUGCAUCAGUCAACGCGGAACAGUUGCGGGCUAGAUGGGAGCUCGAAGAUGCCCUACUGCAGUCUAUCUGCCUCCCUGACGAGACGAAAUGGACCUAUCUGGGCGCAGCCAAUCAAUCUGAAAUGCCGUCAUUGGCUGUCGGGCUAGUUGUGACCCUCAACCGCAAUGAAGUCAUGACUUGUCUAAUUCCGGUCGGUCUCCAGCUAAGCACAUGCACCGCUGAGACUAAACCUUUUCAGUCACGUCUGGAAACAUUCUCCGGACAAGUCAGAGAGGACUGGCCCUUGACCGAGGCUCUGUCCAGAGUCCAGACUCCAGUGAGGAAGAUGGAACGAAACUUGCGCACAGCCAAUUUGCAUUUUCAUUUGGAUCGACACCUCUCCAUUCAACACCACCACUGCUUAAGAUACAUUCUCAAAGACAACAUCGUUGGUCAUUCCAUAUGUUCUCCAAGUGAACAUUACAAGCACAGACGUAUUUGGCCCCUUAAUCUUUCGACCAAGAAGAUUCCGUCUCCAACGAAGAGCAUCAUUCCUACUUCCGAGCAUCGACUCAUAGGAAAGCAAGGCCAAUACCUUGUGCAGCAUCUGCGAAAGAUCUCUCAGGCAAUAGCAUCGGAAUCAAGCGUUAAUGACAAGGCGAAGCACAUCGGCGCCAGACGCGUCGAGGAGAUUCAUCCCAUUGACGUUGCUGAACCCUCCAAUAUGGCACCGAGUGCUAUUCGUGUCUUCGGACAGGCCGAGAAUAUGUGUUCCUGGGCCAAAGGAGUCCAAAUGAUGCUAGACAAUGAUUAUCACUGGUUUAAUAUCAUGUCGUUGAUCAUGAUUAUGUCGUCGGCCGAUACUUUCCGGCAAACAUCAAAUCUCAAGGCUUCCAGUUCCCUGGUGAUUUUGCACAAGGGCCGAACAUUCAAGAUGGGACGUCCCUUCCAGAUCUACAUGAUUGCACGGGUUCAUGCUGGGCAGCAAGGACGACACUGGCACCAAGAUUUUAGUAUGGCUAAAGUGACGAGCACAAUCCCGCAUGACGCCGAAUCGAUCUCUCGAAAGAAACCACCCUAG